GCCGCCGUCGCCAUCUUGAUGGGGCGGCCACCGAGGCCUCUGGUCUGGGGAGGGGACACGUCAGUGCCGCCUGUGGCGUCACUGGCCCGCCUGGCCCGCCGGCUGCUGAUUGGCUGCCCCCGCUGCUUACGCGUCGCGCUUCCUCGUCUGCCCCUCGUGUUCAGGGGAGUCUCUCCCUUUUUCUCUCGGCAGAGAAGAGGCGAUGGCGGCGCUGGCAUCUCUCGGCGCCCUGGCGCUACUCCUGCUGUCCAGCCUCUCCUGCUGCUCAGAGGCCUGCGUGGAGCCCCAGAUCACCCCUUCCUACUACACCACCUCAGAUGCCGUCAUUUCCACUGAGACCGUUUUCAUCGUGGAGAUCUCCCUGACGUGCAAGAACAGGGUCCAGAAUAUGGCUCUUUAUGCUGAUGUCAGUGGAAAACAAUUUCCCGUGACCCGGGGCCAGGACGUGGGACGUUAUCAGGUGUCCUGGAGCCUAGACCACAAGAGUGCCCAUGCAGGCACCUAUGAGGUCAGAUUCUUUGACGAGGAGUCCUACAGUCUGCUGAGGAAGGCUCAGAGAAAUAACGAGGACAUUUCUAUCAUCCCACCCCUGUUCACAGUCAGUGUGGACCAUCGGGGCACCUGGAAUGGACCCUGGGUCUCUACCGAGGUACUGGCUGCAGCCAUCGGCCUGGUGAUCUACUACCUGGCCUUCAGUGCCAAGAGUCACAUCCAGGCUUGAAGGUGGCACCGAGGGGCCCUCCUUGCUACUUUCAAUAAACAGUUGCUGGCUGUCACCGGUA